AUUUUUUGUACGUCACGGGGCUGCAUGAUUAAAUGUGAACGGCACAGGCGACUCUCAGUGGAAAGACAGGCGCUUAAAGAGACACCUACACGCUUUAAAGACGCCUCAGAAUUACAGCAUGUCUGUGCACAAAAACACAGGAGACGGUCCACCUGUGAAGACGUCAGAGGCCCCAGAACACAAACAGACCCACAGACUGUAUCCAACAUUGCCAAAUAUAAGCAGGUAUGAGGUUUGUUUGCCUCUCGGCUUCACUGGGGAGAAUCAUUGGACAGCUGCUGAGCGACAUAAUGUGUUGAAAGACACACAGUCAGAAGAGCCAGUAAGAGGUUAUAACACCAUGAAAGAACAGAUUCUCAUCUUGGAGCAGCAGAAAAAAGAGCUUCUUGCUAUUAAUAGUAAGUGGGCAAAAGAGUACAGAACAAUGUUGCAGUAUUACAAGAACAAGGUCUGGUUGUUAAAAGCAUUAAAACAAGAUGGUCUCUCUGAAGAGGAGAGAAGUGAUGAAGAAGAGAAACCUGUCACAUUUUGUAAAAAGGAAAAGGUCCAUACAGACACCCAGCUUGGAAAAGAUGAAGUUAGAACCAAGUUACAAACUUCAGAGGAGGAAAUUGAAGAGCUGCGAGCAAAGAAUCACUUUCUGACCCUGAGGUGGCAGCAUCAACAGGAGGAGAUCAGGCGGCUCAACAAGGUCCUAAAGGAGACUCUUCCGAGAUCUCAGCCUCUUGAGAUGAGCAGUGAAACACUAGAAGACAUCUGGAAACAUCAGGCUGAAGUCUACAAGGAGGACUUUCUGAGAGAACGGAAGGACAGGGAGAAGCUGAAGGGGGAAAAUCUGGAAUUAGAGAAGCGGUGUAAGAAGGUUCACAACGAACUAUGUUUCUUCAAAUCUCAGCUGACAUUGGAGCACCCAGUGCAACACCCAGUGCUCCACCGCUGUUCCGGUACGAAUCGAGCCAAACAUCCAGACUAGGAGCAGCAGCACAUUCAGCAACAAGGAAGCUGAACUUUUAGCAGCAAGACUGAAACUUUUAGAUUUUCCAUGACGCUAUUUCAGUGCAUUUCAUUGGAGAUGGCAAACCUGACAAAAUAGCCUAUAGAAGGACUAUCUGCAGCAGCUUCAAGUUACUGAAGAUUUAUAAUUUAUUUCACUCUCAAAACACUAUGACUAAUGCAGAUGUCAAGCACAUAUUUUAAGUGUCUGCAAAAAGAAAGAAUAAAGCACAGCCUCUGCUUUAAUGCAUUGUAAUAAGGAAAGAAAAUUCAAGCAAUGCUGUAACUACAACUUAUAACAUCUGACUUUGUAUACACUAUUGAUGUUUAACAACCUUUCAUUUUGCAUCUAAAAGUUGUGAAAAAAAAAGAAAACAAGAAAAACAAGAAAAAGCACAUAGGUAUAAGUUUUAUUUUAUACAGUAUAUUUAUUUAUUUGGUUUUAAUGGAUUUAAUGGCACCUGUGUUGCCUAUAGGUGUUUAUUUAUGAUGAACAUAACAUAGGGUAGGCAAGAAUAAGCUUUGCUUCUGCUUAUUCCUUUUUUGGUAAACUGUGGGUUUGUUUAUUGUUAUAUAUUUCUUUCUCCUUUGUUUGCUGUGGACAAUUUACCAAAAUAAAGUAAAGUAAGUAA